AUGGCCAUCGGUCCGACCAUUGGCACUGGCUUGUUCAUCGGCGCCGGCCAGGCCCUCGCGGUUGGCGGACCUGCCUCGCUGCUCCUGUCGUAUAUAACACUAUCCCUUCUGACCUAUGCUAUGACCACGAGCGUGGCCGAAGUAUCCACUCACAUGCCAUCGCAACAUGGGACACUAGUAAACAAUGGCUACUUGUACCUGUCAAGGAGUGUGGCAUUUGCUUCAGCAUACCUCCGCUGGUACACUCUCGCUUUGUUCGUCCCAUACGAAAUCACAUCAGCGGUGGUCAACCUUGGCCUAUGGAAACCCGGCUCCACGAUCGCAAUCAGAUUGGUUAUCAUCACCAUCAUUGUUGUUGGAUGCAACUUUCUGCCAGAAAGACUCUUCAAAAGCUCCGAGCGAUUGUUCACUGCGAUCAAGAUUGGCACAAUGGUGACCCUCUUUAUUCUCUCUCUGGCUCUGGGUCUUGGAGGUGUUGAUGGGCAGCCCCCGUGGGGAUUCCAAUACUGGAAACGCCCAGGCGCCAUGAACGAGUAUAUAGUUCGAGGUGCAUGGGGACGAGUCUUUGGUUUCUUCCAAUGCCUUAUCGAUGGAUCCAUUGCUUUCACGUUUGCCCCUGAGCUGAUUGUGCACCGAGCGGAAAUGCCAGCAUCACUUGGCGAAACAGCCACUCUAAGCGCCGCCAUCCCAAUUAGAGUCACAUCCGACGUCGCCCAAACAGCAUUUCCUUAUAUCCUGAGCUCUUUGGCCAUGGGCGUCAUGGCUCCUUUCGACACAGGACGUUUGACAAACAAUGGAACGGGCUCCGGGUUUUCUCCUUACCUGAUCGGGCUCAAAGAUGCAAAUAUUCAAAUUGUGCCGACUAUCGCGAUGGUUGCAAUCCUGCUCUCCGCGGUGGCUUCUGCGCGAUCCUUUUUGUAUCUCUCUUCUCGCACACUUUGUGCAAUGUCGGAGCUCGGCCAUGCGCCCUCAAUCUUUUCCAUCCGCAACAGUUGGAAUGUUCCAUAUUUCGCCGUUGGGGUAUCCGCCUUGUUCUCUUGUCUUGCCUUUGUUUCAGUGAAAGUCCCGAGUACAAUCAUGAACACCUAUUUCCUUCGUCUCGUCACGAGUGCCGGUUUCCUUUCCUCACUUGUGUCAUGCACCAUUUAUCGUCACUUCAAUCAACGACUCGCAGUGACCAGGAUUGCCAGGCGGUAUAGUUCCUCUUUCCAGCCGUUUGGCACAUAUUUGGGUAUGGUACUUAGUACCCUACUGCUACUAGGUGGUGGGUUGUGGGCAGCACCCAAGGGGAAUCUGACUGGGUCUCGAGCAGCCAGACUGGUCAUCGCAUAUAUCAACAUCGUUAUAUUUGGCCUUUUGUUCUUGUUCCAUCGAUUCCAUGAAUUUGUGCCCGUCGUUGAAGUUGAAAGACAAGUCGGUAUCGGUGGACGCAGAUAUGGCGACCACGAAGGACCAAAAGAACCUCGCACACAGAAGAUGUACCCGAGUCGGGGGAAACUCGACCCAAUCCCAGAGGGUGCCGGGGCAUUUGAGUUGCGACUCAGUCAGACCACGUUCGCAGAGCAUUGA